AAUCUUAAUCUUUUUCUCUCCUUUGCUUCCAGUUACUUUCAUCUGAUUAAUUUUAGGGAUUUUCGUUUAUUAGACCCGAAUAUAGAAAAUUAAAAACCGGAUGUAUUGUCGUGAUUAUAGAAUGUAGAAAUUCAAAACAAUUGGCUGGCUAUUAUGUUGAAUUUUGGUGUGGUUGCAUGGAAUUUGAAGUUCAAAGGGAAGCACGUGAUAAUUAAUUUUUUAGUAUAGGAAUUAAUCAUUGCUCGCAUUUUUUUAGGAAGGAACCAUGGAAACAUUUUUGUCGUUAAGUGUACUUUAGUCAUCAGUAAUUGCAUGAUGAUUGUCCUCCUGAAAUAGCUUGUCAGAAAUGCAGAAACAUGCUAAAUUAAGUGCCGUAUGGAAUUAAGCGCCUUACAGAAUAAAGGCCCACUUUGGAAAGGUCACUCAUCAUGAAAUUGAAUCCUAAACCGAACUCCAGCUUUGGAACAAAUCUUAAGCCAGAACCCGGUAUCACACCACUUUGGCUGACUUUUUGCUUCCAAAAUGUCACCCGAUAUAUCGGGAAAAUCACAAUGUAUUGGGGACUCAGGAAGAAUUUCCCAAAAGCUAUAAACAAUAGGUAAUAUCUUUCUCGUUGUGGCAACCCUUAAAUCAACGUCUUGGCACAUGUUGGGACCAAUGUUUAAAUAUUGAUACUAUGAACUCUCAAUUUUCUGAUGGUAGACGCUAUAGUGUCUGCAGCAAAGACUGAGACGAAGGCAGAGGCGAAGCCUGCCUUCGCUGAGGUAAUCUUUGGCAAUAACGUAUAUCAAAAACUAUGUGGAAAUAAUUACCUACAGUGGAAGCGGGUGAUUGAGGUCUAUAUAGCCAGUUGUGGGAAGAGUAUUCAUCUGUCAGAAGAUCCUCCUUCUCCACCUACCGCGACUUGGACACAGGACGAUGCUAUCUGACUAUAUGAGAUCUUGAAUACUAUGGAGGUUCGCAUUCAGGACUUGGUGCUUUAUUGCGAGACGGUCAAGGAGGAGCUUGGAAUGAGGAGGACGAUUGGCACAUGACGUGAGCGAAAUUAUCCUAUAUGUUGAAGUUAACAUCCAACCAAGCAAUCUGUACCAGUUCAAUACUUCAAUGCCAGCUUUGGACAAGCACUGUUGGUUUGAACGAGAGAAAAGUGCCACCAAGGAGGCGAUAUCUGUUCUUGAAAAGUUUGUCAGCUCUAUGUAUAGUAACAACCGUCCAACAUUGGGAUCUUGUAAUGCAAGAACUGUUACAAAAAAGAGGAAAACUUUUUCAGAGGAAACAAAUACGGAAAAUAUUGAAAAGACACAAAGGAAUGGAGCUGAUAGUGCAAAGGCUUUUGGUGAGCUUGUAGAAAAUGUUAGUUCGGAGGUCAGUAUGAACGUCGGAAGUAGUCUGUCACUCUCUCUGGUUAAAUUAACAGGAAGUGGGUUGCUGCUCUUUACAUUUACAAGUAAUAGCUUCCGCCAUGUUGUUGGUGUUCUAUCAAAUAUUCUUCAAGCUCUUGGAUCUGGUGAUUUGAAGCGACCCCUCUGGUGUAAUCGCAUAUUUCCUAUUCAGGAAACCUGUGUUUUAACGGAGAAGAACCUACAGACAGUCGUAUCAAAGCUUGUCCAAGAGUACUUGGGCAAGGAACAAGAGAGUCUUGAAAGGCCCAUUAAGUUUGCAGUGGCAUAUAACAGGAGAGGCGUCGAGGAGAUAGAAACGAAGAAUUCAAAAUCCGCAACAGAUUCCAAAAUACCACUUUUAUUGGAUCGAGAAAGCUGCUUUAAGAUUGUGGCUGGAGCAUUUAAAGAUGUCGCGAAGAACUCGGUUGUCGAUCUCAAAUCUCCUGAGGUGGCGGUGAUUGUUGAACUACUUCCUCUAUCAGGAGUACCCAAUGAAUCUGUAGUAGCCGGAGUGUCUAUUCUCCCACAUGAGCUGAUUGCUACCAAGCCAAGGCUUUGCGUCAAACCUCUGGUUUCAGAUACAAAGGCAACAAACAAAAGGAAUUGAGAAGAGAGAUUCUUCUCAGUUACAGGAGAUUUUGCUUUUGUUUUUGUUUCUGAGUAUUAUGAUACUAUUAUGGAACUUUAUGACAUAAUUAUAUGAUACUAUUAUGGAAUUGAGCAUACCUAUUUUGUUUUAUGUUUUUCAAA